UUAAAAUGUUGAAGAGGGAAUUCGAAAAUUUUCAAAAAUUUCCUCAAAAAAUUAUCAUUCGUCAAUUAUUCCACUCUUCUUCUCCCACUCAAAUAAAAUGGUCUCUUGACUCUCCUCCACGCCCAUACACAACUGCUCCGCCUCCAUUCCCUCCACUGUUCUCCGGGACUCGAGCUCAUCUCUCUCGGUUUUACAGUAGUCCGUUCGCCGGAGAGAUCUCAUGGGGUCGGAAGCUGUCAACCUUCCCUGCGACGGCGACGGCGUCUGUAUGAGAUGCAAGACCAAGCCGUCGGAGAACGAGAGUUUGUCCUGCAAGACAUGCACCACUCCCUGGCAUGUCGCCUGCCUCUCCGUCCCUCUCAAAUCGAUGUCCGACACCGUCGGAUGGGAAUGUCCAGACUGCUCUCCCGCCGAGACUGAGGAUGCUCAUCCCGCGGCGGCGAUGCAGUCCUCCUCGUCGUCCGGCUACCUUAUCGCGGCUAUACGGGCCAUCGAGGCCGAUUCGUCGCUGAGCGAGAAGCAGAAGGCCAAGCGAAGACAGGAGCUCCUGAGUGGAGGCGCGAAGCCUGUGGAUGCCGAUCCCGAGAAGAAGAGCAAUGGGGGAAACAACGAGGUUCUCAAUCUUCUCGACGGGAGCUUGAACUGCUCCAUCUGUAUGCAACUUCCCGAUAGACCUGUCACGACACCAUGUGGUCACAACUUUUGCCUGAAGUGCUUUGAGAAGUGGGUUGGUCAGAGAAAGCUUACAUGUGCGAAUUGCCGUGCAUCCAUUCCUCCAAAGAUGGCAAGUCAACCUCGGAUCAAUUCUGCACUUGUUAUGGCAAUCAGAAUGUCUAAGUUAUCAAACCAAGAUGCUUCUGAAAGGGCAUCUAAAGCAUCUCCUUUUAUCCACAAUCAAAACAGACCAGAUACAGCAUUUACUACUGAUCGGGCUAAAAAGGCCGGUAAGGCUAAUGCUGCAAGUGGGAAGAUUUUUGUCACUAUACCUCAAGACCAUUUUGGUCCAAUUCUACCAGAGCAUGAUCCAGAGCGAAAGAUGGGUGUUUUGGUUGGAGAAAGUUGGGGAGAUAGGUUGGAGUGCAGACAAUGGGGGGCUCACUUUGUACAUGUAGCUGGAAUUGCUGGUCAAGGAGAUCAUGGAGCGCAGUCGGUGGCACUCUCUGGUGGCUAUGUAGAUGAUGAGGACCAUGGAGAAUGGUUCCUCUAUACUGGAAGUGGUGGAAGAGACCUGAGCGGGAAUAAAAGGACAAACAAUAAGCAAGCCUUUGAUCAGAAAUUUGAGAGGGGAAAUGAAGCUUUACGAGUUAGCUGCCGCAAGGGAUAUCCUGUUCGUGUAGUGAGGUCGUUCAAAGAGAAGCGUUCUUCAUAUGCUCCAGAGAAAGGAGUUCGUUAUGAUGGAAUUUACAGAAUAGAGAAGUGUUGGCGCAAAGUUGGAAUUCAGGGAUUUAAGGUUUGUCGGUAUCUUUUUGUACGCUGUGACAAUGAACCUGCUCCGUGGACAAGUGAUGACAUUGGGGACCGCCCUAGGCCCUUACCCGAUGUUAAGGAGCUAAAUAAUGGUGCUGUUGAUAUAACCGAAAGAAAGGGAGCUCCAGCCUGGGAUUAUGAUGAGGAAAAAGGUUGCUGGCUUUGGAAAACGCCUCCUCCAGCAAGCAGAAUAGUCAACUGCGAAUAUGAUGAAGAUGGAAAUGUCGUGAAAAAGUCUAAGCGCACAGCAAAGAAACCAUCUGUGAAAGAAAGGCUCCUAAAGGAGUUCAGCUGCCUCCUUUGCCGCAAAGUGAUGGUUGAUCCUCUCACUACUCCGUGCGCCCAUAACUUCUGCAAGGCGUGUUUGGAAGGCGCCUUUUCAGGGCAGUCUUUCAUGAAACAGCGGACUUGUGGAGGAAGAAGAACGUUGCGGACACAGAAGAAUGUAAUGGGAUGCCCUUCUUGCAAAAAUGACAUAUCUGACUUUCUCCAAAACCCACAGGUGAAUAGGGAGUUGAUGGCGCUAAUUGAAUCCCUUCUGCGCAAAGUUGAUGAGGAGAAGAUGGAAGAGACGGGCACAAUUGAGGAGGAAAAGACUGAAGAGAUGAGUGAAGACGGUAACUCUACUUUGGGUGAUGUGGAUGAGGAGAUGAGUGAGGAAACCGACGUCCCAAAGGAUAAAGAUGGUGUUAUGAAGGAGGAUAGUGUGAAGGACGAGACCAAGGCCCACAAACUUGAGAGCCUUACAGAUGAACCUAAACAGCCUUUGAAGAGGAAAAGAGCCACCAAGGGCUGAUAAAAACUACAAGGAAAAAGAAGGGCAUUGACCCUAAAGAUAUGACCCCCCCUACCCACCACUCAGAUUCCCAUCCUCCCAAUAGGAUGAUGACUUAGAAAUUUUGAUGAACUAACAAUCUAAGUUGGCUUUGAUGCUGUAUGCAGAAGUUAACUACGUCUUUUUAACCCAUUCAUGUAUUUAUGGGCAUUGCUGUUAUCUGUCUGGGUUUCAGAUUUUAAGGAUUCUGUUUUUUGUUUCUGCAAACAUUGGCCAUUUGGUGAAGUUUAUGGUUCAAUGGAAUAUUCGCUCUUCUAAAUUUCCCAAUUCUUAGAUUACCUCUCAUUUGAUUACCCCAAAAAGAAGAAGAAAAAACUUAUCCAAUU